AGCCGGAGAAGGAAAAAGCGAGAGAGAGAAUUGUAGAAUCCCGAAAUCCCCGUCCUGACCUGAGGCGCAAUUUCCCGCAGCAAGGACAUGGCCAGCAGCAAGGAGUUGUGCUCCAUCCGGGAGUGGGCGCCGCUGACGGAGGUGAUCGAGCAAAUUCCCGCUCGACUGCAGCGCGGUUUCUUUCCGGCGAAUCUCAACCUGACCUGUGUGGACGCCACCGAGGAGUUCCUGGCCAUGGGCAGCGAUGCAGGGAUUGUGUUUUGGUACAACCGCCAUACAGGCGAAAUGCAGAAGCUGAAGGCGGAGAUAGCCACUCGCAUUACUUGCGUGCGGAUUGUCAACUCCGUGGAGUACAUGGUGGCGGCUGGGUGCGCCAAUGGGCAGGUGAGCAUCUUCCAGAUACAAAAGGAGCUGCCGCGAGACCUGGACCUGGUGGCUCCCUGCACCCGCAACCGGCCCAUCGAGCGCUACACCAUCAGGGAUCUGCACAAGUGCGUCGUUAGCUGCUGCGAGUGGUCCAAGAACGGGAUGAAGCUCUACUCCGGCGAUCGCCAGGGCGUGGUGGUGCUCACGGAGUUUGAUUACCAAGCGCACCUCAGCAAAUCCGUGGAGAUCCUGAGCGAGGCCUACGAGAUAGUGCAGCUUAGCGUGCAGCAGAGCCAUCUACUGGUGGCCACCCUCUACCGCUGCAUCGUUUGCCAGCUGGACGCCGUCACAUCACAGUGGAUCAUCACCCAGGUGGGCAAGAAGGAUCGCAAGCAGCUCAUCGAUUGCGGCGCAGUCUUUCUCAAGAAGCAGGCCGCAAAUCAGGCACAACUCAUCUGCGGUCGACCUGGUUUGCGCUUCUGGGUGGCCGAUGCCGCGGGCAAUGUGUCCAAGACCGUGCUCUUCCGAGACGCUGUGCUGCGCAGCCCCACCUGGGAGAUACCCAUUCUGAAUCCCAAACAGCGCAGUGAGCCAUCUGCAGCUUCUACUUCAACCAAGCUAUUUGGCAAUGAGGAUGCGGGCUACGUAGCUAGUAGCAACUUUCGACAGCUUUACCUGUACGAUGGCCACGAUUCACUGGUGGUAACCCACGACGAUGCCACCCUGUACAUUCUCAACUUGGAAAGACUCAAAGUCGAAGCCGUUGCUCGAGGAUUCCGCAAGAUCCUGGAUUUCUGUGUUUGUGGCAAAGAGAUCUUUGUGCUGGAGGGCGAUCGUACUUUGCUGCGACUGGCUCCUCUGCCCGAGCCACCCAAUAAGACGGUCAAGGUCAUCUUUAAUCCCCUGAUGCCGCCUCCAGUUCCGGUCUUGGGAUCAUCCUACUCCCAGCUGGAGUCACCGGUGGAGCUUCAGGCGGAACCCGUACUGCAGUGCGCAGAGGAAUGUUUCGAGCUGUCGCCGACGGAGCAAGUCGAUCUAAAUGUUCCCAUCGAAAUGGCGGUGGAGUCGCCUCUGGUUCAGCAGAGCCGCCGCCUUGAAAUCUUUCGUCGCAUCGGCCAAAUGGACUUUGAGCAGUCCAUCGUUCACACCUGCCGAAAGACAUCGGUGGGCAAAUCGCCGGAAGACAAUGGUUCGGGUAUUGUAGAGAUCGGCCAUGAGACCCAUGAACUUAGGCUACCGCUUACCAAUGCCGCCACUCUAAUGGAGGCCAGCUACUGUCAGAUGGAAAACAAUGGCCUUGCUUCCCCGUUGGACAUGAAGGCUGCCUUCCUGGCGCACCUGCCCGAUGCCCUUAGUCCCACCACCUUGCAGAAGACCGUGGCGGAAAAAGCCAAAACCCUGGCUGCCGAGUUGGAUCUGCCCGAGGUGCAUCUGGCCCCGUUGUCCCAGGAGGAGCUCCAUGCUGCCCAGGUGCAGGCUGCACAACUAAGCGAAUCGCUGAUCAAGAGCUAUCCCACGCACCUGGAAGAGGCCAAAAAUCCACUCAACACAUCAAAUGAAUAUCAUGCAGGUCAACCAGUGGAUGGAAUCAGGGCCUUGGCUCCCUCAAAACCCAAAAUGGCUCCGCUUAAGUUCGUCAUGAGCCAGCCGAAGCCAAAACUGUCGCUCGAAAGGGAGCGCGAUGAGGAGGAGUACACCAGCUUCCUUCCCGACUUUCGGCGAGCUGGCGAUCCACUGCGCAAGGAAACGCCGCCCACCAGUGACUCAACCACGUCCAGCGAGUGGGAGUUCUUGGACAACUAGUUCAGUAUUAGAAUAAGUGCAUACUCAUUUGCUUCCCUUUUGGUUUCGUGCACUUUUUUUUUGGUU